AUGUUUACAGCAACUGGUCCGAGAGACGAAGCUUUCUUUGCUUUAAUGCGAAUUGCAAUUUUAUGUAAUAGAGCUGAAUUUAAAUUAGCUCAAACACACAUUCCUGUACUUCGUAGGGAGUGUACUGGUGACCCUUCAGGUAAAUUGGAAAUGUUUUCUGUUGUUCAACUUUUCAUAUUAUUUAAUAUUGGGUUUACUUUUGGAUUUCGUACAAUUAUUUGA